AUGGUGCCCACCGACCUCGGCCGCUUCCCUGCGCCGCGGGCGGUGCCCCGCGAGACCCGGGCGGUCUCGGAGGGCGCGGAGGCGGCUCGCCAACCUCUCUCGCAGCCCAUCUUGGACUCGCAGGGGGCAGCUGCAGCCGUCGCGGCGGAGGUGGAGGGGCCGAGCUCGCCGGACGUCAUCCUCGUCGGCUUGACUAGCAAGGGCAACGGCGACGAGGUGCAGGAGCGUGGCGAGCGCGGCGCUGCGGAGCCGACGGUCGUGGAGAGCCAGAGCCAGCGUCCGCGCACGCCGCUUCAGAGUUCUUCCGCCCCAGGCAGGGAUGACCCAGAGUUGGGCCGCGCCCUCGCUGCGUCGCAGCUCGUGCAGUCCAAAGAUGACGUGGACCUGGAGGCAGCGCUGGAGAGGAGCAAGCACGACGUCGGGGGUCGCGGCAAG